UGCCCCUCUGUAGCCAGUGCGGCCGCCGCCGAGGGAUGCUGCUGCUGCUGCGGGAAGGCGCCGCCUGCCAUUUGCCGCCUUCUUCGCCUUCGCCGCCUUCGCCUUUGCCUAGGCUCCUGGCGCGGCGGAGAGAGACGCGCGCCCUCCGCUCUCCUCGCCUCCUUCGCCCCGAGGCGUCCUCCCCGUGAGUCGCUGUCCCUUCAGCACCACCAUGAACCCGCCUCCGUCCGCCGGCGAGGAGAAAGGCGCCGCCGGGGGAGGAGGCAACGGGGGCGCCUCUUGCCGGGGAGCCGAGGGCGGCGGGGACCAAGGAGCCCGAGGAGCAGCAGCCGCAGCCGCAGCAGCCCUUGGCCCCGCCGCCGGGCAGAAGGAAGAGUCCCUGGAAGAGAAGCUGAAGAGUUUAACCUUCAGGAAGCAGGUGUCCUACAGGAAAGCCAUCUCCAGAUCUGGCCUUCAACAUUUGGCUCCUGUUCAAAACCUCAAUAACGCCAUCACGAAUGGACCAGUGAAGGAGUCAAGAAUGGCGCUAGAAUGGACUGAAAAUGCAGUGAAUGGUGAGCAUCUCUGGUUGGAGACAAAUGUUUCUGGGGACUUGUGUUACCUUGGCGAGGAAAGUUGCCAAGUCAAAUUCUCUAAAUCAGCUCUUCGAAGAAAAUGUGCUGCUUGUAAAAUAGUAGUCCACAAUGCCUGCAUGGAACAGCUAGAAAAGAUCAACUUCCGAUGUAAGCCAACUUUCAGAGAAGGAAGUUCUAGAUCUCCAAGAGAGAAUUUUGUCAGACAUCACUGGGUACACAGACGGCGGCAGGAGGGGAAAUGUAAGCAAUGUGGAAAGGGUUUUCAGCAAAAAUUCUCCUUUCACAGUAAAGAGAUCGUGGCCAUCAGCUGUUCAUGGUGCAAGCAAGCGUUUCACAAUAAAGUCACCUGCUUCAUGCUGCAGCACAUUGAGGAGCCAUGUUCCCUUGGGGCUCAUGCGGCUGUUAUUGUACCCCCCACCUGGAUCAUUAAGGUGAAGAAACCUCAGAAUUCGCUGAAAAAUUCAACUAGGAGGAAGAAGAGGACGUCUUUUAAAAGGAAAGCCAGCAAAAGAGGCAAUGAGGAGAACAAAGGGCGGCCUUUUGUUAUAAAGCCCAUUUCCUCUCCUCUCAUGAAACCACUACUUGUAUUUGUGAAUCCAAAAAGUGGAGGGAAUCAGGGCACUAAGGUUCUCCAGAUGUUCAUGUGGUACUUGAAUCCACGGCAGGUCUUUGACCUCUCUCAGGAAGGACCCAAAGAUGCACUUGAACUGUACAGAAAAAUGCCAAAUUUGCGAAUCUUGGCGUGUGGUGGGGAUGGAACGGUGGGCUGGAUCCUUUCCAUCCUGGAUGAGUUGCAGCUGAAUCCCCAACCUCCUGUUGCUGUUCUUCCACUUGGUACUGGGAAUGAUCUUGCUCGCACCCUCAACUGGGGAGGGGGAUAUACAGAUGAACCUGUUGCAAAAAUCCUCUGCCAUGUAGAAGAUGGAACCAUUGUCCAGUUGGACCGCUGGAACCUCCAUGUGGAGAGAAAUCCUGAUUUGCCCCAAGAUGAACUUGAAGAUGGAGCACGGAAGCUUCCCCUCAGUGUUUUUAAUAAUUACUUCAGCCUUGGAUUUGAUGCUCACGUCACUCUGGAAUUCCAUGAAUCUCGAGAAGCAAAUCCAGAAAAAUUCAACAGCCGCUUUCGAAAUAAAAUGUUUUAUGCAGGGGCAGCCUUUUCAGAUUUCCUUCAGAGAAGUUCCAGAGAUUUAUCCAAACAUGUGAAAGUUGUGUGUGAUGGCACAGACCUGACCUCAAAGAUCCAGGAGCUGAAAUUUCAGUGUAUAGUGUUUUUAAACAUUCCCAGGUAUUGUGCUGGCACAAUGCCCUGGGGCAAUCCAGGAGACCACAGAGAAUUUGAACCUCAGCGGCAUGAUGAUGGUUACAUUGAGGUUAUAGGGUUCACCAUGGCUUCCUUGGCUGCUCUUCAAGUGGGAGGUCAUGGUGAAAGAUUGCAUCAAUGCCGGGAGGUGACGCUCUUGACUUACAAGUCCAUCCCCAUGCAAGUGGAUGGGGAGCCUUGCCGCUUGGCUCCCUCCCUCAUUCGGAUCUCCCUGAGGAAUCAGGCCAAUAUGGUGCAGAAAAGCAAGAGGAGGACAUCCAUGCCUUUACUCAAUGACAUCCAUAAAGUGCCCUCGGCCGACCUGAGGAGAGUCUCGGCUCCCCCUGAUACCUUCACUGUUCCCCACGCCAUCCCAGAACGCCUACGGAUCAGAGUGAAUAGAAUUGGUUUACAAGAUUAUGAAGGAUUGCACUAUGACAAGGAAAAGCUUCGGGAAGCAUCCAUUCCUUUGGGAAUUAUAGUUGUCCGAGGAGACUGUGACUUGGAGACUUGCCGCAUUUAUGUCGAUCGUCUAGAGGAGGAUUUGCAGUCAGUCUCUUCAAAUACACAAAGAGUUCACUACCAGGACCAGGAAAGCACUUUCCCAAGAGUAUCUUCGGUCCAAAGACUUUCCCCUAGAUGGUGCUUCCUAGAUGCAACUUCCGCUGAUCGCUUUUACCGUAUCGACAGAUCUCAGGAACAUUUGCACUUUGUGACGGAAAUUUCGCAGGACGAGAUUUUUAUCCUGGACCCAGAGCUGGUGGCAACUCAGCCAGCAGGGACACCGCCAGGAAUGCCUGAUCUAGUAGUGGAGCAGGCCUCUGGAAUAUCAGAUCGAUGGAACCCUGCAGUUCGAAAGCGCAUGUUGAGUGACAGUGGCCUAGGGAAGAUAUCCCCACACUACGAGGUACCUGAAAAACAAAAGGAGGCCAGCCAGACGCACAUGCUGCAAUCCCCUGUUUCUUCAGAAGAUCAAGCACUUUUACAGUCAGUAAUAGCUGGUGAUUUUUUAAAAUUCAUAGAAUGCUGUACAAAGGGAGCUAAUCUAUUAAUCCAGGGGCCUGACCACUGUUCUUUACUUCAUCAUGCUGCCAAAACUGGGCAUGGGGAGAUUGUGAAGUACAUCCUAGACCAUGGUCCUUCCGAAUUGCUGGAUAUGACACAUAGUGAAACGGGUGAGACGGCACUUCACAAGGCAGCGUGCCAGCGCCACCGGGGUAUCUGCCAGCUCUUGGUCGAAGCAGGAGCGUCACUGAGGAAAACAGAUUCCAAGGGUAAGACACCUCGAGACAGGGCCCAGCAAGCAGGAGACCCAGAUCUAGCUUCCUACCUGGAGAGCCGACAGAACUAUCAAGUGGUUCCCCAUGAAGACCUAGAGACUGCAGUGUGAUCAUUGUGGAUUUGUGUGAGAAUAAUCUAAGAGAUAACAAGGCUGAACCCGAGGCACACUUGGGCAUCAUGAAAGGAAGAAGCAAAUGGAACCGACAUGUCUCUCGCUCUCGUGAAAAACACCCGAGAAAAAGCCACCAGUUUCUAAGGGCUACGGAGACUUGCCACGGGAUUCUCGUGUUCCCAUCUGUUAACCUGUGGGAAUAAAGGAGGACAUGCAAAGGUCUGUGGAAUCCACGGGCCAAGAACAUUUAUCUUUAUUGCUCUCAGCAAGUAGCAUGAACAUUUCCUGUGUUCCUCUGUAUAAUUUAUUUGAACAAUAAUAACAAAAAGGUGCAGAGGAAGAAAGAAAAAUAAGAUAAAUAUUCAACAUCCAGCCAAACAUCCCUCUCCUCGCAAAUCCUUGCCAUGAAACUCUUGUGUCCCUGAUGUUAGCCCUAGCUGCCUUUUCCUUCAAUCUUGUGUUCCAUAUUCUUCCUAUUUCAGUCUCCACAGUGGCACAUCAGUAAAGUGGUGUCUGUUUAUAUCUGUACUAAAUCUUCAUAGCUGCUAAAGAUGGCAUCAGCAUUUUGUGGAGAGUUCUGGAUGCCCUUAGCAAAAUGAUACUUUUAAAUAGCAAAUUCUCACUUUUAUUCUCCCAGGAUAUGAUAUUCACAGAUGUUUCUCCUUUUGAACAUAUUUCAACUCUGUCUUACUCAGAUAUAUAGCAGAGCUGAUGCAGAAGCAAUCAUAAAGAGAGGGAAUGGGUUUCAUAUGGAUUUUUGAGUACAGAAACAAUUAGGUUUUGGUAGUCCAUCAAAAAGACCAAUUGAAAGAGAUAUGUCCAAACUUCUCUCACAACUUGUGCUCAUCUUAUACAACUUCACCUGGCCUCCCACCAAAUGUCUCAGAUGCUGUGUCAGAGGAGAUACUCCACAAAUUUGUUUCAAAUUUUGCUUUUCGUAAAAUAUGGAGACAAUUCAUGGAUGUGUUAAAUUCAUUCAAGAAACUAUGCUCAUCAUAGUUCUUUCAGUGACCACUCUAGCAAGAUGUGUAAGUUGUUUCUUUGUUUAGCACAACAGACUAUCUGCGUUUAGUCAUAAUGUUUAUCUUAAAUUAACUUACUUUUGGGUACCUGAGAUACGUUUGAGGUUUCCAAAGACCAGAAUAACAUUAUUAGUACACACAAUGAUUUGCAUUUGGUCAAAGAACUUAGUCUUUACCUUUUCUCCUUUGCUUUUGAAGGCCACUUGAAGCUAAACUGAAAGUGUCUGCUGGUGGAUAUUGACUUUUUGGUAUAUAAGAGGUAUAAGGAAAUAAUAGUUAAUUGGUUUUAUGUAGAUUUGAGGGACAAUCAACACACUCACAGCACCCUCCUCCCAAUAUUUCAUCACCUUCUACACAAACAAAUUUCACUUUCUGUUCAAAAAGGCUUCUCCUGGGCCUAAAAAAAAAAACCAAACAUACAGUGAGUCCUUGGUAUCUGCUGGGAUUUGGUUCCAGGACCCUCUGUUAAAUACAAAAUCUAUGGAUGUUCAAGGCUAUGUUUGGUUGACUCCAUGGAUGCAGAAUCCAUGGAUAUGGAGGGCCAACUGUAAUUAAAAAUACAUUGACAGUGAAAUGCUAAUAGUUAUUCUGUCCAAAUUUAUUGAAUGCUUACUAAUAACAGUGUUGAGGAUUGCAUAUAGAAUCCUAUUGGAUGGCAGAUAUGAUCUGCUGGAUUGGGAAGUGGUUUCAUUCAUGAGAAGUAGAGAAUUUGUCCCAAAAAUUAUGACAUGAAAUGACAUGCAGCUGUUACUCUUCCGUUGUUUCUUCUAGGUUCUUUUUCAAAUCAUUAAGUUCUUUUAACCUCCCUCCUCAGUUCUUAUCCUGAGUUUAUAGCCAAUGAAAUAAACAUUUCUAGGACAAAGUCAAGAUGAUUUGCUGCAAAGGAUCACAGUUACAUCAAGGGAUGUAAAUAUUUGCCUAUUUUGUUCUUGUGCUAAAGAACAAAAAACAAGAUAAUUUUCUUUUUGUUGGAUGAAUUUUUGUGCAUUUUAAUUGGGACUUUUUUUUACUAUUCUGCAACAUUUUUAAAAUAAAGUUAAUAGCACAAAACCAACAGAUUUUUCCCUAAAACAUAAGACAAGGAAAAACACUGAUCUUUUGGUUUCUCAUAUAGAGGUGCAAAAUCUCAAGAUGGUUCAGUUUCAGCAGGGGUCACCCUUUCUCAUUUUAUGGAAUAAUUCUAGGAAACAUGGUUGCCAUGGAGCCAAUUUCACUGGUACAACCUUAUUCAUUCGAUAAACAGUAGUACCUUUCAAUAAGCCAACAAAAAGGAAGCAUGAAAAAAAUUAAUGUGCCCAGUAUACUAAGCAUGAGAAGAGUUUGUUACAUGUUUUGUCACAUCCAUAUCUUGAUAUCCUUCUAUCAUAAUGGAAAUAUUACUUUUGGAAUACAAAACACAUAAUCCCCAGCCAUGUUGGCUGAGGAAUUUUAGGAAUUGUAAAAGAAAAGAACUAGCUUUGUGUAGAAGGCUAUAAAAUAUACACAAACCUAGCUUUGUGUAGAAGGCUAUAAAAUAACCCGAGGUUGCUGUUAGGUUAAAGUGAUUGGCUUCUAUAUUCCUGUGAAUUUGGUUCAACGUAAGCAUAUUGCCAGAUUGACCCUAGCUGCUCUUGGUAUAAUUUUCUGUCCAUAUAGGCAAUUCAAGAUAUUAUGAUCAGAUUAUAAUCAUCUGGUGCUAUGUUUUCUCUCCCCUGGUGACUGAAUAUGAAGUGAGUCUUAGAAUGAUAGGACUGAAUAUGAAGCAAGUCUUAGAAUUAUAGUGAAUGGUUCCUUUCUAAAGGCAACCUUCCACCACAUGGAACCUGCCCUUUCCCCCACUGGGAGCUCAGUCAGGGGCAGCCAUUGUGUGACAGUAACAACGUCCAGGACAGAAGAUGGAAGUGAAAUGGGCAUUUAAUUGUGGUUUUUAAUAUUCAAGAUAUUUCGAAGCAUUUUCCAAAAGCUAUGUGUCAGCGGUUGGCAAGCGGCACAUCACCUAUGUGCUACUUAGAGCAGCCAUUAUGCUCCCAAAAUAGCUGACAGUCAGCCUAGGCUAUCCAAAUCUACUUUUUAUUUUUCAUUAAAGAGGAAGGACAUGAGCCCAAGACUGUAUUUUUAUACUCUAUCUCAAGAAAACCACAAAUCACCCCAACAUACAGUUUCAGUAAUAUAUACUGUCUCUACUCCAGUAUUGUCCCACUGAAGCAAGUCAUUUGGGGUUAAAUCACUGGGUGAAUAUAUUUGCUUGUCAAAGGGCAAAAUACUGCAAUAUUCAUGCAAACAUGUUCGUCUUUUUGAAGAUUAUUAAUUGAAUGUGGGGCAACAGGGAGGGUAACUGUAUCACCAUCCAGAUUUAGGGAGUUAAGCCCACUGCAUCUAAUGCUCGGAGCUUUAUACUUUGUUGGCCUAGGGAGAAACUGUAUUAAAGGUGCAAUGAAAACCAGGGAAACGGUGAAGUCAAAUAGCAAUACAAUACAAAAUGUCAGUUUGGUGACCCAUCAGUUAAAGCUUCCAUGCUUGCAAAUAAGCACAAAGACCAUUCAUUGGAGUAGUUAUUAGGGAAAGUGGCUCUGAUAAAAGUUUCACAGUAGAAAUAGACACUACACGUCUCUCCUUGGAGCAAUAGCAAGUCACCAUUUCUGAUUACGUAGUUCUCUAUCAAAUUUCUUCCAUGGAACUUGGAGAAGAUUUUCCCCAGGUUAUCCCCAAUACAACUGUGGGAUAAGUGUGGCUUACAGCCAACCAGUGGCCAAACAGGGCUUCCACACUGAUUCCUCUAGUUCAAGUAAAUAUGCUGUUUACUACAUCAUGGUUGUUCCCACUUGGCUGUUUAUUUUUUUCCUGUUCCUGUGAUUCAUUGUAAAUAUUUUAGUUUUGUUUUUUGAUCAGGGCUUCAGUUCAUUGACUUGAGUAUAUUUGAUCUCUAUGCUGAAGUUAGCAGAGCAUGUGGUGCAACCCAUAGGGAGAACAGUUGUGUAAAAAGCUGGACUGCAUCUCAUUUUCAUUCCAGUCCUACUUCCUUAACACCUGGUGUAAUGCUAAAGUAGUGAACCAACAGUAUGGGAUGUUUCUUCAGGUCAUAGAUAUGUGACCAUAUCGCUUAUGCCUAUGUCUACACAGAAAAACAAGAAACAAGACUAUCUGUAUGCACCCAUUAUUAGAAAAAAGAUGCCAUGUUGAGAGUCUACUUUGAGAUUUUCUGCCUGCUCCAGUCUUUAUUUGCUGAGAAAUAUUUAGGCUUUCUAUGCUCCAAAUUGAGUAUGUAUUUCCACAGCUGUGGGAAUUGUACCUUAAUUUACAAAGUAGUUUCAGUUUCUGGGGUACUUGGGAAUAUAUGAUAUAUGUCCUGAGUCCUCUGGUUUUAACUACAUUCAUUUCUCCAUACUGUAAUCCCCACUUUUCUUGGUGGUAGUAAAAAGUGACAUUUCUAAGAUUUCCGUACAUUUUACAAGGAGGCUAGUGUGUGUAAGUAUGUGUGCAUUGUGUGUGCAAGAGAUAGAGAAAAAGAGUCAGUAAGUGAUUAUUGAGUAUGUUCCAAGUUGCUUUGUAUAUGAUGAAGGUGCCUUUGUACAUUUGGGGAAAUGUGUGAUGCUGCUAAGCAAACCUGGAUGGUAGUUAUAAGAGGAACACUAAAGAGCUUUAGUGUGUGGUUGUCAGUUUCCACAUAUUUAUAUCUUGUAUGGGGGUUGAAAGUAGACAUUACAGGAAGUGUAUAUGCCCAUGUGUAAUAAUGUAAAAGAUGUUCUAUGACAUCAUCACACUAUGUUAGAUUAUGAAUUUGUCUUCCUGCACUCCAAUACAUAGCUAGCAUUUCCCGAGGCCUAGAAGUCCAUAAUAUGAUUACAUAAUCUAUCACAUUGUUGGAUUAUGGGUUUUUUCUGUGCUCCGAUACAUUAUUAGCAUUUUAAAGGAAAUGCAUAACAUGAAAAUGUAAUAUCAAGCAUUUAAAUUUACUUUGACAUUACUGUGCGAGCAAUACUUUUAGCUCCUAGUGUUGCCUUCUGUUCCUGAAACAUUUGUUUAUAGCUGAAGACAGAACAUGAGAAGAGUGCUGCUGGAUCAGACCAAAAAUCAAUCUCGUCUAGAAUUCUUUUCACACAGUGUUCAUUCAGUUGCAUACUGGAAUAUUACAAGUAAUCCUACCCCUCAUCUCACUGAUAUAAAGAGGUAUACUUCCUCUUGACACUGGAGAUAGCAUAUAGCUUGACACUGGAGAUGAUAGAAUGUAUGAGUGUGAGACUGAAUAGUUUGCUUCUGGGAAAUAGGUCAUAGACUCAUGGAGCUUUUGCCAUGAUUCCCAAAGAGAUGUGAACAGUGGCAUUUUCAGCUGGACUUUUAGCCUAUGGUGGAAUCCUCAUAAUGACCUUAUCUUGAGAUAAAAGAGCUGUCUCUGCACUUAAGCCAUCAUCCCUUCAUCCAUUUACUUCUCAUUAUUCAAGUACUAAGACUCAUUUCAAUUUUAUGUGUGCCCAAGUGUAUGCGCCUUGCCAGGACUGAAAGGUGCAUGAAUGAUUUUUUGUGAAAUUUCUUUUUUUAAACACACACACAGUGGCAAAGAGUAAACACUGGUAUAUUUUUUAAAAGAUAGUAACACCCUUCCACUGGUACUCACACUCUUCAUGCUUUACAUGUAUGUUAUUCUCUGGCAUGCAUAGCUAAAUUUGAAGCAUCAAACAAAAAUGAGCAAAUAGUAACGUCUGUGCAGGGUUGCUGAAAAGACAUAUAGUCCAAUGCCACUUAUGGUGUUGGCCCUGAGCAGUGCUCCGUAUUUUUGUGUGGGGCUGGAAACCCACUCAACUUAAAUAUAAACAAUGUGAAUUAAGUUUAAUAAUAUGUUUGCUUUGGUUUGUUUUUACAAAAUUGGUGCAUUUAAAUAAGAAUGCACAUAUAGAGACAAUAUACUUCCCAGAUUGGUAGAAUCUAGAGUUCAGCCAUUUUAAAAAAUCUGGCCUGGUCAGGACCUGAUGAUGUGAAAUGUGGCUACUCCUGGAUUGUCUUUGUUGCAUUUUGGUUCCAUUGUAACUCUUAAAAUGACUGUCCCAUUCUAUGGUAAAAUCGGGACAAAUAUGUUUCCUGUUAUCAACAAAUCACAAUAAAUGUGAUUCUCUUUUGGAAAAAAAGA